UUUUUCCACCGAUGAAAAUAAAAAAAGUGUUGAAAUUGUGCUAUAGCCUAAGGCGCGAGGAGGAGGCGACAAUUACUGUGAGGAAAGGUAGCCUACUUUAGUGUGUGCUAAGCACUUCACGGAGGAUGAGGUCCGUGUCCAACCGGAGUACGGUCGAUCUCGCACCGUGGGCUGUGCCUUCCAGGUUUGCGUGGAAAAGUUGCGGAGACGUUAAAUCACGCGUCCAAACGGGAUGUUUGUGGUGCAGAGCAGUAAUGUCGAGGAGCACGAUUACAACAGCCCUCCAGUCCCAGCUCUGCAGGUUGUGCUUUCUGCGAGCAGAGACUGUCUCAUAGCGGGAGACACGUGUUCCAGUGAUGAGACGUGUAGCCCGCGUCUGCGGACCCUGCGUCAGUGUGUGGCCGGUAACGGCAGCAUGAAGCUCGGCCCCGGAGCCCGCAGUCAGUGUGCAAACGCCGUGUCUGCGCUUCUGUCCAGUCCUCUGCACGGCUGCCAAUGCAGACGAGGCAUGAAGAGAGAGAAAAACUGUCUGAGCAUAUACUGGAGUCUCCACCAGUCUGGGAUGCAUGGGCUUAACCUGGUGGAGAACUAUCCGUAUGAAGCGAUCGAGAAAGGAUACGACUUUGUCCGUCUGGCCUCCAUCACCGCAGACUCUGAGCUCGGCAUGACCGCAGUGAACCGCUGCCUGGACGCUGCCAAAGCUUGCAACGUCGACGAUGUGUGCCAGAAACUGCGCACCGAGUACGUGUCAACAUGCAUUAAACCCUCCACCAAGUCGGGUUUGUGUAACCGAUCGAGGUGCAACAAGGCCUUGCGGCGGUUCUUCGACCGUGUUCCUCCGGAGUACACCCACGAGCUGCUGUUCUGCCCUUGCAGCGACACGGCCUGCUCAGAGAGACGACGACAGACCAUCGUGCCCAGCUGCUCCUAUGAGGGAGAAGAUAAACCCAGCUGUCUUUCCCAGAUGAGGAUCUGUAAGGCCGACUAUGUUUGCAGAUCCCGUUUGGCCCAGUUUCAGUACGACUGCCAGCCAGAAGAGCGGUCUGCCACCGGCUGCAAACAGGGAAACUACGCCGCAUGUCUUAUUGCUUACACUGGACUGAUAGGCAGUCCAGUCACCCCAAACUACGUGGACAACUCCUCAUCCAGCGUGUCUCCCUGGUGCUCGUGUUCAGCCAGCGGGAAUCUGAGAGAUCAGUGCACCGAGUUCCUCAAUUAUUUCACUGACAACCUCUGUCUCAAGAACGCGCUCCUGACGUUUGGGAAUGGAAUGGACUUCAGACCCACUCCCACCCGACCCCCGCGGUUCAUCCCUGUGACGGACCGAGGGCCACGAAAUACGACUGUGUUUGUCACAACGGAGACAGAAGCGAGCGCUCUGAGCCCAGCCAGACCCACACAGGACUCUGUGAAGGUGAGGCUUUGGUCGGACUCCACCGCGUCCUUCGACACACAGCAGAACUCGGCUCACGUGUUCGCCGCGGCGUCGAUAACCGUCUGGAUCUGUGUGUCUCUCAGCCUCUUGCUCAGCUGUGUUCAGUAGCCGUACUCAAGACAUUCUGACCGGUCCGUAACUUCAGAUAAACUGGAUCCAGUUCAUCUCCAAAGCCGGAGAAACUGUCCACACUGACCUCUUUUCUCUAACAUUGGAGUCAUCGUGUCAUCUCCAGUUAAACCUACAGAAUCUGAAUCUGAAGGCACUUUUCAAGAACCGAAACCUCCCUGUACAUAUGUACAUAGCGUCACACAGAGUCAAUAUGAAACUGUGCUGUUCAUAUUUUUGUGGAUCCAAAAGACUAAACGUUUCUAAAGCCCUUCUAGCACUCCGAAAUCAAUUCCUGAUUAAAUGUGGAGAGACAUUUUUCUUUUAUAGUUCCUCAUGCAUCAGUUCAACCCUUUGGAGAUCCCCUUGAGGAAACGGCGAUUUAAUAUCAUUCUGUUCGACUUGACUGAAGAGAAGACGAAGGCUAUUUCUGAUCAAUAAUAGAGGGGUAAUGCUUUGGAAGUAAACUGUACUCUUCCCAAAGCUCAUGAUGUGCUAUUGGGACAAACCAGAACUGUGUCUUUAUGUAUAAUACGAUGUGUUCACGAGGAGUCCUAGUGUUUAUGAUCAUGAAUACGAAGGCUGGUGUUGUGGGAAUGAGGUUAGGGAGGUGUUUCCCGCUCCAGACGCUGCUAAGAAAGCCCUUGAUAUUUCUGAAGGAAGGCUGGGAAUCUCAUUCUUUGGUUCAUCAUGUGGCACUAAUAAAAGAUGCUGGUUCAUUUCAA